CUUGUUUAGCUUAACAGCCGAGGCAUAAUCGUUUUACCUCUUUGAAAUUAGAAAACCAAACAAAGCAGGUUGCUGCUGAUUUUGAUCGGCUUCAAGAUUUUGUCAUGAUAAUUUGUAUUUUACAUAUGAUGGCGUGAUGAGAAAGUUCCUUCUCUCUGUUUCUUCUGCAUGGAGAGGAGCUUUUGUCUUGUUGAUCAAGGAUUCUUAAAAGUUCUCGUGAUGGGUUUCACCUGCAAAGAUGAACAGGUGUGCUAUCUCUUCCUUGAGCCAUUAUUUCCAUCUCUUCUCCCAUCGUUACCGCCGAACCUUUGCCCCAUAUUCUUGGCCAUUUUUCUUCAAAAGGUAUUUGGGCCAGAUACUCUACUUCUCAGACUCUGGCACCACCAGGCCUUUUCCCAGUUAUUGCCCAAAGAAACCUACCAUCAAGGAGUCAGAACUUGUGCAUCAAAUCUCAACUGCAAUAAAAUUACGUCGUUCUGAGCCACUCUAUCGUGUUCUAAGGCCUUAUGAGUCCAAGUUUAGAUCUGAUCAUUUAAUUUGGGUUCUGAUGAACAUUAAGGGUGAUUAUGGACUUGUUUUGGAUUUCUUUGAAUGGACAUGCUUGCGUAGGGACCCAACACUUGAAGCCCGUUGCAUUAUUGUCCAAAUUGCUGUGGCUUCUAAAGAUUUAAAAAUGGCUCAUCAGCUUAUCUGGGACUUUUGGUCAAAACCUAAUUUGGAUAUUGGUCUAUCCUUCUAUCAUUUUUCUGAGCGCUUAAUUUACACAUACAAGGACUGGGGUUCAGAUCCCAAUGUGUUUAAUGUUUUCUUUCAAGUCCUUGUUGAAGCUGGGAUGCUUGAUGAAGCAAGGAAGCUCUUUGACCAGAUGUUGAAUUACAAGGUGAUUAUCUCUGUUGAUUCUUGUAAUGUAUAUCUUAAUCAAUUAAAAGACCAUUUUAAUGGGCUUUGGAAGGCAAUAAAGGUUUUCAUUGAAUUUCCUGAAGUCGGUGUUUGUUGGAACACUGCAUCAUACAACAUUGUUAUUCAUUCUCUUUGUACAUUAGGGAAAAUAAAAGAAGCACACCGCUUACUCCUGCAAAUGGAGUUGAGCGGCUGCAUUCCUGAUGUUGUAAGCUAUAGUACCAUAAUCAAUGGAUAUUGUCAAGCAGGGAAACUGCCAAGGGUGUUAAGGCUCAUUGAGGAAAUGCAAGCUAAAGGUUUAAAGCCUAACCCGUAUACCUAUAACAGUAUAAUUUAUCUCCUGUGCAAGGCUGAUAACGUAGCUGAAGCAGAGAAGGUUUUGAGGGAGAUGAUGAACCAAGGAAUGGAACCUGAUAGGGUGGUAUACACAACUCUCAUAGGUGGUUUUUGUAAGCUAGGGAAUAUUCCUUCUGCCUAUAGGUUGUUAAAUGAGAUGCAGGGACAAAAAAUUAUCCCUGAUGUAUUAACUUAUACAUCUAUUAUCUGUGGGUUCUGUCAAACUGGAAAGAUGACAGAAGCCAGUAAUGUCUUCCAAGAAAUGCUUGGCAUAGGGUUGGAACCAGAUGAAGUUACAUAUACAGCACUUAUUGAUGGUUAUUGCAAGGCAGGAGAGAUGAAAGAGGCCUUCUCUCUCCAUAAUGAGAUGGUACACAUGGGGCUUAUACCAAAUGUUGUCACUUACACUGCACUAGCUGACGGCCUUUGUAAACGUGGGGAGGUGGAUAUGGCGAAUGAGCUUCUUCAUGAAAUGUGUGGAAGGGGCCUUCAACCAAAUAUAUUUACUUAUAACUCUCUUGUUAAUGGGCUCUGUAAAGCUGGAAAUAUUGCACAAGCUAUUAAACUGAUGGAAGAUAUGGAGAUUGCAGUGCUCCAUCCUGAUGCCUUCACUUAUACCACUCUAAUGGAUGCUUACUGUAAGACAGGGGAGAUUGAUAAGGCUUAUGACCUUCUGAAGAAGAUGUUGGAUAGAGGACAUCAUCCUACACUUGUUACGUUUAAUGUGCUGAUGAAUGGUUUUUGUAUGUCUGGAAUGCUGGAAGAUGGUGAGAGGUUACUAAAAUGGAUGCUGGAAAAGGGUAUAAUGCCUAAUGCAACCACUUAUAAUACUCUUAUGAAGCAAUACUGCAUCAAAAACAACAUGCGUGCCACAACUGCAAUGUACAAAGGUAUGUGUGCUCAAGGAGUGAUGCCUGAUGGCAACACCUAUAACAUUCUGAUAAAAGGGCAUUGUAAAGCAAGGAAUAUGAAAGAAGCGUGGUUUUUACACAGAGAAAUGAUUGAGAAGGGAUUUAAUCUAACAGCUAGCUCGUAUAAUGUUCUGAUUAAAGGUUUUCUUAAGAGGAAAAAAUUUUCUGAGGCAAGAGAAAUCUUUGAUGAGAUGAGAAGAGAAGGGCUGCCUGCAGACGAAGAAAUAUACAGGUUUUUUGUUGAUAUAAAUUAUGAAGAAGGGAACAUGGAAACCACUCUUGAACUUUGUGAUGAGGUAAUAGAGAACUGUCUUGUAAGUAAGGAGAAGAAUGAAAACAAGUAGCUGGAUUUUGUUUGUGCUGAGCCAAUCAUGAAUGAAGGUGACAGUUUUGGUCGGCUUAGCAAUCCCAUGAAAAUUCUGACUGAAUUUUUUCAUACAUGGUAAUGUUUCCUUUUCAGAUUCUGUUGGCUUGAAUGGAUACUUCAAUUGAUAGACAUAUCAUGCAUUGAAAAUAUGGUGGAUCUUUUAUGAACAUCAUGGCAUUGAUAUGAUUUUCCUAAUUGUAUCUAGCGACUACAAAGAUUGGUUAGAGGGAUAAGUUUUUAAGUUACGCUUUGGUUAAAACUCUUAAGCUCUCGACUUGGGAGUUUGGUCAGGCCUAGGUGACAUGCAAUUGUAACCCAACCAGAAUUGAAGUAAUAAGUUUAUCUUGCAAAUGGAUAAAAAGAAGCAUGCAGCCAUACACUGGGAAUCUGGGAAAAGUGCAUCUAACCUCGUGAAUUUUGGGUGGAUAGGUGUGGGUGCAAAAGUGGAGAGAUGAAAAUGAGCUCUGGUGUGCUUGGUAGAGCAGAAAAUAGAGAGGAAAGAGAAGUGGAGCGAUGAGUGUAUUCUGCCCUGACUCUUCAAACUCUUUCCGGAGGACAGAACAUAAGGCCGAUUUGUGUGGCUCAUGGAGUUUACAGAUUUACCUUUACAUAAAAUCCUUCUUCCCUUUUCAUGGAAGAAGCCCAUACCCUUGAAACUGUGGAAUGUGCAUCAGUUUGUUUUUGUUUUUUAAUUUUUUAGAUUUAGGGGAAUAACGAUUCAAACUCUGCUUUUCAAGUAGGAGAUUAUGCAUUAAUUAAUGAGUCAAAUGUUUGAGUGCAUCAAUUUGUUUUUGA